AUGGACAAUCCUCUAUUACAAGAUACACAAACAAGCAAUGAAGUCUGGAAGCUACUCCAACAGAUUUACUCACAGAUCAAAUCUGUAACAGGAGACACAGAAGUCUCAUCCGGUAACAUUUUUUUGGACUCACAAAGAUUAGAUGAUGUAUUUAAAGAGAAUAUUCAAUUAAAAAUUAGAAUUAAGGAAAUCGAGGCUGAAAACAGAGACUUAAGAGUGGAAAACGAGGUUUUGAAAGCAGCACAAACCCCAAGUGAGCGAAGAUCAUUAUUUCAAGGAGCCACUGAUAGAGUGACUGCAACAUGCAAAACAAGUACAGCGAUCGAACAAGCAGACGAAAAUGACAUGGUGGACGAGCCGCUACCAAAGCGAAGGGAUUCUUUGAAAAAACAAAUGGAUACAAAUGAUGACACUGUUGUUUCAACAGAUGACAUUUACAAAUCACAACGUAGUCCGGAAAUAGGACCUUUAGGACUUGACAAAUUCGCAGUUUCAGAAGAGCAAAUAGAACCGCUCAAUAAUAUGAACAAAUUGGAACGGGAUAUAUCUUCAUCACAGCUUUCAGUUCAAACUUCAUCUUCACCUACGAUCACAUCUUCCUCACCAAUCAGGCAUAGAGGCAUGAAAUUGAAUGAAUUAGAUUUUGGUGAUGCCUACAUCUCCAAGGUUAUAAGUGGAGAGUGCAGAAUAUCACAAUUACCCGAUCACGACAGUUAUACUUGCGGCAAUGAAUCACAGAUAUUAAUUCCAGACUCACAAAAUGAGAAUGAAAGUGAGGAAACAAGCACGUUUGUGUCGCCGAAUUUCAAAAAAGAACCACUGAAGGAGGUAGAACUUAAUAAGCGAGUACGUGCACCUGAUGAAUGUGGUUUAAUUAUGAAAGGGCAUCUCGACUUUACAAAAAACCCGAUUACAAACUCACCAUGGUGGCCAGAAGACUUCAAAGUCAACCCAAGCGUCAACUUUGGCAAGACCAGUCCAUUCAAAAUGAGAAAGCUUGAUCCUGCACUGAUUCAUCCCGCAUUACGUAUUCAGUAUCGUUUUCAAAGAAAGCAUAUACAGAAUGAGGCAUUAAAGGCUUUUGACAAGCUUGCAGGACCCGUUGAGGAUGACGAAGGGAACUCUGUUACCAAAGACGAAAAUAAACCUUUGUUAAAAACUCCAAGGCAAGCUCUCGAGGAUCCACAGAUUGACCCAGUAUUUAAGUUCGAACUGAAUAGAACUAACUACAUGCAUAAUAGAGCUGCUCUUGGGAGUAUUAAUUCAAACAAAAUUAAACUUUGGUUGGAUAUGACUGACUCACCACCUGGUGAGGGCAGAUCAUCAUUCCCCAAUACGCAAGAGUUGAAAGAGGACAGGAAGAAAGCAGUGAGCCGCGCUAGGCUUAUUGGUUUACAACGCCUUUUUCAGGCGAUUUAUAUGGUGGAGCCGAUUCACCAGGCUGGCAAUAAUUUGACGGAAAAUAAGGAGAAUAUAAUAGAUGAGAAGAAUCAUAGAUUGGGUAAGCGUCAAGUAAAAUAUGCACAGGUUGGCAAAUUUCUUUUCAGAGUGGAUUCCUUGAACCGGGCGGUGCAGGAAGACAAUUUUACCAUCGAUAAGCACAUUUUUGAUGAUCCAAGGAGCAUUCAGUAA